AUGAAGGCUCUCGGCAAGCAUCAAGUCACAUGGGAAACACGGACUAUACCGACCUCAGACAGCCUCGAAAUCCCAAUUCGAGUCUUUCGCUCUGCCACCCAAAAGGGACACCCCUCCGUCUUAAUCUACUACCAUGGCGGUGGAUUCUUGACAGGCUCCAUCUCAACUGAAGAUCCUUUUUGCAUCUCUUUGGCCCGGGACACCGGGUUUACAGUAAUCAGCGUCGGCUAUCGUGUGAUUCCCGAGUGGAAGGCUCCCACGCAGUUUAACGAUGCCUGGGAUGCUCGCACUUGGGUGAUAAACAAUGCGGCGGAUUUGGGAUUACCACAAGAUUUUGAUCUGUACGUGGCUGGUACCAGCGCCGGGGGGCUGGGAGAAUCAUACAUCAAAGGCCAAUUUCUAGCCGCUCCUUGGCUCGUCCUCACUGAAAACUUUCCCUUUGACCCCAAAGUCGGCGACAAAACUUCACAUAUCCAAUGCCGCGAUGCUGAUUUUCUCUCGUACCCCCAAAUCGAGCAAUAUCGUGCUCUGAUGGGGGAGCCAGAGGAGUAUCGUGAUAGCUUGCUCUUGAACCCGCUUCUAUUUGAUGAAAAGAGCAGCAUCAAGGAUUUGCCUCCUACGCUCGUCAUGGUCUGUGGUGAUGACGCCCUGCGAGACCAAGGCUUGAUCUAUCAACAGAAGCUUGAUCGUCUUGGUGUUCCGACAAAAUUGAAUGCAUAUGCAGGAUAUCCUCAUGUCUUUUGGAUAUUCCCAGACCUUGCCAUGAGUAAGAAAUGGUAUCAGGAUCUCUUAGAAGGUCUUCAGUGGCUUACUGAGAAACAAGGGCAUGUUCGCAACUAG